AAAAUUUUUCCAAAAAUUAGGGGAAAAAUUGUUGUGGCUGAGAUUGCUUCUGGCUUCUCUUCUUCUUCUUCCAGUCUUCUUCAGCCUAAAACAGUCUUCCUUCUUCUUCUUCUUCUUCUUCUUCUUCUUCUUCUUCAGUUAUCUUCUUCCUUCUUCUCUCUGUUUUUUAAAUUUAUUUUUAGAGAUUUUUUUUUGUUUUGCUUCCGAUUUGAUUAUUUCCGGGAACGAUGACUUCUCCGGGGAGUUCCCGGUGAGAUGAUAAGUCAGAUUGCAUACUUGUCUCCUCCAUGGCUACUCUCAAGGGUAUAACAGUUUACAUUAUGAGCAGUUUCUAGGAUUCCUAUAACAUACUAAGAUCUCUGUUUGGCUGCUGAGAAACUUAUAGAAGCGAUUAACUAAAUCUUAUUAGCUCUAAAAGUUAGCAUAAAUGAUACGAAUCUGGUGAUUGAUUACUGAUAUGAAGAUUUGUGAAGGUUUUGGCUGCGGUGGAUUCGUUUGGUUUCUCUAGAAUCUAAAGAGGUUAUCACAACGGCUUUGCAAUUUGAAAACUUUCAUGUUUGGGGAGAUCAAAGAUGGUUUCUUUUUUAUACUUUACUUGUUAGAGAGGAUUUGAAGCAGCGAAUAGCUGCACCGGUCCUGUUAUGGAUACUAAUACAUCUGGAGAAGAAUUAUUAGCUAAGGCAAGAAAGCCAUAUACAAUAACAAAGCAGCGAGAGCGAUGGACUGAGGAUGAGCAUGAGAGGUUUCUAGAAGCCUUGAGGCUUUAUGGAAGAGCUUGGCAACGAAUUGAAGAACAUAUUGGGACAAAGACUGCUGUUCAGAUCAGAAGUCAUGCACAAAAGUUCUUCACAAAGCCAUCCAUAUGGAAACCAAACCUCCUUGCCCUAUAGGACAGGACAUGAAGUAACUCUAUCAUCUCUACCCCGAAAAAUUCGGUUUGGAAAAGCUCACAGUUUUUGGUUCACAUUUCAGUUGGAGAAAGAGGCUGAAGUUAAAGGCAUCCCUGUUUGCCAAGCUUUGGACAUAGAAAUUCCGCCUCCUCGUCCUAAACGAAAACCCAAUACUCCUUAUCCUCGAAAGCCUGGGAACAACGGUACAUCUUCCUCUCAAGUAUCAUCAGCAAAAGAUGCAAAACUUGUUUCAUCGGCCUCUUCUUCACAGUUGAAUCAGGCGUUCUUGGAUUUGGAAAAAAUGCCGUUCUCUGAGAAAACAUCAACUGGAAAAGAAAAUCAAGAUGAGAAUUGCUCGGGUGUUUCUACUGUGAACAAGUAUCCCUUACCAACGAAACAGGUAAGUGGCGACAUUGAAACAAGUAAGACCUCAACUGUGGACAACGCGGUUCAAGAUGUUCCCAAGAAGAACAAAGACAAAGAUGGUAACGAUGGUACUACUGUGCACAGCAUGCAAAACUACCCUUGGCAUUUCCACGCAGAUAUUGUGAACGGGAAUAUAGCAAAAUGCCCUCAAAAUCAUCCCUCAGGUAUGGUAUCUCAAGACUUCAUGUUUCAUCCUAUGAGAGAAGAAACUCACGGGCACGCAAAUCUUCAAGCUACAACAGCAUCUGCUACUACUACAGCUUCUCAUCAAGCGUUUCCAGCUUGUCAUUCACAGGAUGAUUACCGUUCGUUUCUCCAGAUAUCAUCUACUUUCUCCAAUCUUAUUAUGUCAACUCUCCUACAGAAUCCUGCAGCUCAUGCUGCAGCUACAUUCGCUGCUUCGGUCUGGCCUUAUGCGAGUGUCGGGAAUUCUGGUGAUUCAUCAACCCCAAUGAGCUCUUCUCCUCCAAGUAUAACUGCCAUUGCCGCUGCUACAGUAGCUGCUGCAACUGCUUGGUGGGCUUCUCAUGGACUUCUUCCUGUAUGCGCUCCAGCUCCAAUAACAUGUGUUCCAUUCUCAACUGUUGCAGUUCCAACUCCAGCAAUGACUGAAAUGGAUACCGUUGAAAAUACUCAACCGUUUGAGAAACAAAACACAGCUCUGCAAGAUCAAAACUUGGCUUCGAAAUCUCCAGCUUCAUCAUCUGAUGAUUCAGAUGAGACUGGAGUAACCAAGCUAAAUGCCGACUCAAAAACCAAUGAUGAUAAAAUUGAGGAGGUUGUUGUUACUGCCGCUGUGCAUGACUCAAACACUGCCCAGAAGAAAAAUCUUGUGGACCGCUCAUCCUGUGGCUCAAAUACACCUUCAGGGAGUGACGCAGAAACUGAUGCAUUAGAUAAAAUGGAGAAAGAUAAAGAGGAUGUGAAGGAGACAGAUGAGAAUCAGCCAGAUGUUAUUGAGUUAAAUAACCGUAAGAUUAAAAUGAGAGACAACAACAGCAACAACAAUGCAACUACUGAUUCGUGGAAGGAAGUCUCCGAAGAGGGUCGUAUAGCGUUUCAGGCUCUCUUUGCAAGAGAAAGAUUGCCUCAAAGCUUUUCGCCUCCUCAAGUGGCAGAGAAUGUGAAUAGAAAACAAAGUGACACGUCAAUGCCAUUGGCUCCUAAUUUCAAAAGCCAGGAUUCUUGUGCUGCAGACCAAGAAGGAGUAGUAAUGAUCGGUGUUGGAACAUGCAAGAGUCUUAAAACGAGACAGACAGGAUUUAAGCCAUACAAGAGAUGUUCAAUGGAAGUGAAAGAGAGCCAAGUUGGGAACAUAAACAAUCAAAGUGAUGAAAAAGUCUGCAAAAGGCUUCGAUUGGAAGGAGAAGCUUCUACAUGACAGACUUGGAGGCGCUCGUUGCCCAACGCCAAAUGCCCAAAGGUGCUAGGCUGGGCCUUAAAGAUUUUACUCACACUACUUGGGCCUACAUUACAACAUUUUCCCUAUUACAAGCUUAAGUAAUAGAGGCCUAAAGAAGGCUUAUAUUGUGUAGCUAGUUUAUACAAUAUUUCAAUCUCUUAAUUUGGUUUACUGAUGAAUGAGUAGAUAUACAAUUUUUUUGUUCUCACUGAAUG